AAGGAUGUGAUAAUAUUUGAGCAAAAUAAGAAGGUAAAAAAAAUGGGUCUAAAACGUAAACUUGAGGGUGAAAUAGAGAUCAAAGAAGCAGCUGGAGAUGUUUACCAUGAGAUUUAUGAGAGUAGACCUCAUCAUGUUUCCCAUGCUGCCCCUCAUUUUGUGCAGAGUUGUGAUUUGCAUGAGGGUGAUCUCGGUAAGCCUGGCUCCGUCAUUGUUUGGAAGUACAAGACAGGUGAUAAACCUCUAGUAGCAAAGAAUAUAAUUGAAGAGAUUGACAAGGAGAAGAAGUUGGUGAGGCAACGAUGUAUAGAAGGUGAUCUAUUGGAUGAGUAUAAGACCAUUACUGGAAUAUGCCAAGUUAUACCAAAGGACAAAGAAACCUGCAUAGUGAAGUGGACGUUCGAGUACGAAAAACUACAUCCCGGAGCCUACUGCGCUGCUCGACUCCUUGCUUAUUUGAGAAUAAGGCUUGUAUUAUGGCCAAGCUCUUUGGUUGAGCAUCCGAUCCGUGUAAUAAUCUAUGUAUGGCGUCCAGGACAGAGAUUAAGGAGAAGAGACCAUAAAAUUAAGACAAGGCAACAAACAAAUGUAGACGGGGUUGAAUCUCAUGUGGAUCUUGAAAAAUAUUGCAAAAGUAUGAGUAGUCUAAAACGAAAGCUAGAGGGUGAAGUAGAGAUAAGAGAAUCGGCAUCAGAUGCACAUCAUGACAUUGUUAUGAGUAAACCUCAUCAUGUCUCUCAUGCUGCCUCUCAUUUUAUUCAGGGUGUCGACUUGCACGAGGGUGAUCAUGGUAAUGUUGGCUCUACACAUGUUUGGAACUACACUUUAGAUGGGAAGGCUGCUGUAGCAAAGACAGUACUUGAGGAGAUGAAUGAGGAGAAGAAGAUAGUGAAAUACAGAAUCAUCGAAGGCGAUCUCUUAGAUGAGUAUAAGACUCUCGCUGGGACAUGCCAGGUGAUACCAAAGGAUGAAGAGAACUGUAUCGUGAGAUGGACAAUAGAGUAUGAGAAGCUUCAUUCCGGUAUCCCUGAACCAUCUUCUUUACUUGAUUCCUGGCUCGAAGCUGCCAAACACAUUGAUGAUCAUCACCAUGCCAACAAGUAAACAAAUUCAUUCAAGCUUCCAUGGCCAACUUAAUAUUCGGGUUUUUUUUAAGGAAAAGAUAAUGCCUAGCUUUAAAAUCACUUAUGUUCUAAAGCUCCAAGUAUAUAUUAUUAUUUAUUUCCCUGUAAUUUGUCUGGAUUUAAAUUGAAAUGUUGUAUUGCUAUUAGUACUUAAUAAACUAAAUAAGGCGCGUAUGUACGUGCAAUAAUGUUGUAUGUUAAAUUUAUCACUUGUAUAUAUACUACUCCUUCCGUUUUAUAAUGUUCCUCAUUUUUCCAUUA